UCUUCUCCGACGGGGCUCAUCAUCGACGACAAAGUUUUAGACAAUAUGUCUGACCUUCUGAUGACGCGCACAGCGAACAAGAGGAUGCCACACCGCCUAUAUGAUACCCCCUGAUCCAACCCGAUGAGAUCUACUACACUAUCGACGUCACUGCCAUCGUGUUCUGCCGUCAGUGGAAGACUUUGCAAAUCUGCAGCGCAAGGAGGACCGCCAGCUGCUGCGUCAGUUCACCUUGUCCGAAAGACUCCCCAGAAACUCUCAGGUCAUACCGCCUUCAAUCCUGGAGCGAUGCUAUAUUCCCUAGACUGUGCAUCCUCGGCACUAGUUGCAGUAGGUACACCACAAAUAUGUGAUCGUCGACGAGACGCCCUGAGCUACCUAGGAUAUAGAAUGCGAGUACCAGAGCACGGCUUACAACCGCAGCGCCAGCAAUACAAGACAGGAUUGAGCAAAAAGGAAAAUUAUAGGGUGGGGAAAGGUCAGAGUUCAGGAACUCAUUGGACCUGGAGCAGUAAAUAAAGGUCAAAAGUCAAGCGGUUGAGCAUAUCCUGCUGCACGCUACAACCUAGGCUGCAAUUUCACAUCAGAGCCUGGAGGCUCGUUUGGACUGUGGGCACAAGCAGAUAACACUACCUAGGUGCACCGAACCGAGAUGCCCCAGAUGGCUUUGACUACCGACCAAAUCGCUCAUGAUCGUCCCACAGCGUUCGACCUGUGAAGAUU